GUUUGCAGCCAGCCCUAAAGGGGGUGUAUACGAGGCAGAGCGCUAUAAAUACGGGCGCCGCACGCUCACCGCGCCGCGUCGCCAGGAGGAGCCCACGGGCACCACUGACCGAAGCGUGCAAGGACUCCAGAAUCACAGGGGACAAGAUGAAGACGCUGCUGCUGGUGGUGGGGCUGCUGGUGACCUGGGAGCAUGAGCAGGUGCUGGGCGACAAGGUGGUCUCGGACCGAGAGCUCCAAGAAAUGUCCACUGAGGGGACUAAGUACAUUAACAAGGAAAUUAAAAAUGCCUUCAAGGGAGUGAAGCAGAUAAAGAACCUCAUAGAACAUACAAACGAUGAGCGCAAAUCACUGCUCAUCAGCUUAGAGGAAGCCAAGAAGAAGAAAGAGGAUGCCCUGACCAACACGAAGGAUACUGAAAUGAAGCUGAAGGCGUCCCAGGAAGUGUGCAAUGACACCAUGAUGGCCCUCUGGGAGGAGUGCAAGCCCUGCCUGAAACAGACCUGCAUGAAGUUCUACGCGCGUGUCUGCAGAAGUGGCUCGGGGAUGGUUGGCCACCAGCUGGAGGAGUUCCUGAACCAGAGCUCCCCUUUCUACUUCUGGAUGAAUGGUGACCGCAUCGACUCCCUGCUGGAGAAUGACCGGCAGCAGACCCACGUCUUGGACGCCAUGGAGGACAGGUUCAGCCGGGCGAGCCGAAUCAUGGAUGAGCUUUUCCACAACAGAUUCUUCACCCGGGAUCCCCUGGAUUCCUACCACUCUUCGCCCUUCGGCUCAUCCCCGAGGAGGCCUCUCUACCUCAACCCCAAGUCCCGCUUUGCCCGAAACAUAAUGCGUUUCCCCAUGUUCGGGCCCCCGAGCUUCCACGACAUGUUCCAGCCCUUCUUCGACAUGAUACACCAGGCUCAGGAGGCCAUGGAUGUCCACAUCCACCGACCUCUCUUCCAGUUCCCGAUGGAGGAGCUCACAGCAGAAGGCAAUGAUAACCGCACGGUGUGCAAGGAGAUCCGUCACAACUCCACGGGAUGCCUGCGGAUGAAGGACCAGUGUGCCAAGUGCCAGGAGAUCUUGUCAGUGGACUGCUCAUCCAGUGACCCUGCCCAGAGCCUGCUGCGGCAGGAGCUGAACAGGUCCCUGCAGCUGGCGGAGAUGUUCACCAAGAAGUACGACGAGCUGCUGCAGUCCUACCAGCAGACUAUGCUCAACACGUCUGCGCUGCUGAAGCAGCUCAACGAGCAGUUCAACUGGGUCUCCCAGCUGGCUAACCUCACUCAAAGUGAAGACGACUUCUCUCUCCAGGUCACCACGGUGGCUUCCCACAGCUCUGACUCCAGCGUUCCCUCUGGCUUCACAAAGGUGGUUCUGAAGCUCUUUGAUUCCGACCCCAUCGUGGUGACUGUCCCAGAAGAAGUCUCCAGGAAUAAUCCUAAAUUUAUGGAGACCGUGGCAGAGAAAGCUCUGCAGGAAUAUCGCCAAAAGUACCAGGAGUUCAGGGAAGAGUGAACCUUGCUUUUCCAAGAAUGGGGGUGUCUGAAUCCAGUGCCUCCCGCCGCCCCAGCAAGAGCUCUGCAUGUCCCCCAGUGACCAGGCCCUGGCCUCGAGGACCCCUGGACCCCACCGGCCUCUCCUCCCUCUGGACCCUGCGCUCUAACGUCCACUCUUGCUGCUCACGGACGGACCUCCCCCACACGCCACUAACUCAAUAAAGCUGCCUGUACGCUC